GCAGGGACGGCAACCGGCGCGAGUUUUUCAAAAUGGGAGCGCGGAGGCGCCGCCCGGGUCUCGGAAGGUGCAGGAGAGGCCUUUCUGUGGCUGUGCAGCCGUCGCCCGGAGGGGCGGCCUAGAGAGCCAAGCCUGAUGGGCGCCAAGACCGGCUGGCUGCUUGGAGCGCUGCCUCGAAGGGACUGCGUGAAGGAAGCUAAUCGGAGCACAGGCCUGAGCCUGGAAAUAUGGCGACUUGCAUCGGGGAGAAGAUCGAGGAUUUUAAAGUUGGGAAUCUGCUUGGUAAAGGAUCAUUUGCUGGUGUCUACAGAGCUGAGUCCAUUCACACUGGUUUGGAAGUAGCAAUCAAAAUGAUAGAUAAGAAAGCCAUGUACAAAGCUGGAAUGGUGCAGAGAGUCCAAAAUGAGGUGAAAAUACAUUGCCAGUUGAAACAUCCUUCUAUCUUGGAGCUGUAUAAUUAUUUUGAAGAUAACAAUUAUGUGUAUCUAGUAUUAGAAAUGUGCCAUAAUGGAGAAAUGAACAGGUAUCUAAAGAACAGAAUGAAACCAUUCUCAGAAAACGAAGCUCGACACUUUAUGCACCAGAUCAUCACAGGAAUGUUGUAUCUCCAUUCUCAUGGCAUAUUACAUCGGGAUCUCACACUUUCUAACCUCUUACUUACUCGUAAUAUGAACAUCAAGAUUGCCGACUUUGGGCUGGCAACUCAAUUGAAAAUGCCACAUGAGAAGCACUAUACUUUGUGUGGAACUCCUAAUUAUAUUUCACCAGAAAUUGCAACUCGAAGUGCACAUGGACUUGAAUCUGAUGUUUGGUCCUUGGGCUGUAUGUUUUAUACGUUGCUUAUUGGGAGACCUCCUUUUGACACUGACACAGUCAAGAACACAUUAAAUAAAGUAGUAUUGGCAGAUUAUGAAAUGCCCACUUUUUUGACAAGUGAGGCUAAGGACCUUAUUCACCAGUUACUUCGCAGAAAUCCAGCAGAUCGUUUAAGUCUGUCUUCAAUAUUAGACCAUCCUUUUAUGUCCCGAAAUUCUUCAACAAAAAGUAAAGAUUUAGGAACUGUAGAAGACUCAAUUGAUAGUGGACAUGCCACAAUUUCUACUGCAAUUACAGCUUCUUCCAGUACCAGUAUAAGUGGUAGUUUCUUUGAUAGGAGAAGACUUUUGAUUGGUCAGCCACUCCCAAAUAAAGUGACUAUAUUUCCAAAGAAUAAAAAUUCAAGUGAUUUUUCCUCUUCAGGAGAUGGAAGCAGUCUUUAUACUCAGUGGGGAAAUCGAGAACAAGAAACCGGUAAUAAUGGGAGGCGAAGAGUAACCCAGGAUAUGGAAGAAAGGCCACAUUCUCGAUACCUUCGUAGAGCCCAUUCCUCUGAUAGAUCUGGCACUUCUAAUAGUCAGUCUCGAGCCAAAACAGUGGAACGAUGUCACUCAGCAGAAAUGCUUUCAAAAUCCAAAAGAUCAGGAGUAGAUGAAAAUGAAGAAAGAUACUCACCUACAAACAGCAAUGUCAAUAUUUUGCAUUUCUUUAAGGAAAAGACAUCCAGUAGUUCUGGAUCUUUUGAAAGACUUGAUAAUGAUCAAGCCUGCUCCAAUCGUCUUCGUCCAGGGAAAACUCCUUUUCCAUUUCCAGACCAGACAACUCAGACUGAAAUGGUGCAACAGUGGUUUGGGAAUCUGCAAAUAAAGGAUCAUUUAAGAGAAACUACUGAGCACAACAGCAUUAGCCCAAAAAGAGAUUUCCAAGGCCAUCCAGACUUGCAGGACACAUCAAGAAAUGUUUGGACUGAUACGAGAGCCAAAAAGAGUUCUGAUGCUUCUGAUAAUGUUCAUCCUGCAAAACAGUUGAAUACCAUGAAAUUUAUGACUGCAUUUCAAAGUAAACCUGAGAUAAUUCAACAGGAAUCUAUUUUUGGCUCAGAUCCUCUUUCUGAGCAAAGCAAAACUAGGGGUAUGGAGCCACCAUUGUGUUAUCAGAAACGUACGCUACGAGACAUUACAUCUCCUUUGACUGCUUACAGGUUAAAACCGAUUAGACAGAAAACCAAAAAGGCUGUGGUUAGCAUACUUGAUUCAGAGGAGGUAUGUGUGGAGCUUCUAAAGGAACAUACAUCACAAGAAUAUGUGAAAGAAGUUCUUCAAAUAUCUAGUGAUGGAAAUAUGAUUACUAUUUAUUAUCCCAAUGAUGGAAGAGGUUUUCCUCUUGCUGACAGACCACCACCCCCUACUGACAACAUCAGUAGGUACUGCUUUGACAAUUUACCAGAGAAAUACUGGCGAAAAUAUCAAUAUGCUUCCAGAUUUGUACACCUUGUAAGAUCUAAAUCACCCAAAAUCACUUAUUUUUCGAGAUAUGCUAAAUGCAUUUUAAUGGAGAAUUCCCCUGAUGCUGAUUUUGAGGUUUGGUUUUAUGAUGGAGCAAAGAUACACAAAACCGAAGAUUUAAUUCAGGUGAUUGAAAAGACUGGGAAAUCUUAUACCUUAAAAAGUGAAAGUGAAAUUAGUAGCUUGAAAGGGGAAAUAAAAAUGUAUAUGGACCAUGCAAAUGAGGGCCAUCGUAUUUGCUUAGCACUGGAAUCCGUAAUUUCAGAGGAGGAAAAGAAAAGUGGAAGUGCUCCCUUUUUCCCAAUAAUUAUAGGAAGAAAACCUGGAAAUACGAGUUCACCUAAGGCCUUAUCACCUCCUACUUCUGUGGAUCCAAACUACCUGAUGCGUGAUAGAGCAUCUUUGAAUAAAAUGAUAAAUAAUACUGCUUCUUCAAAACUGGCACCAAUGCUUAAUCCUCCUAUGGUUACAAAUGAAGGACAUGGCUUUAUGGCUGCAGCUUCUGAAACAAACAUCUCUUCUAGUAAUCUAAAAGAUUGUCUUCCUAAAUCAGCACAACUUUUGAAAUCUGUUUUUGUGAAAAAUGUUGGUUGGGCUACACAGUUAACUAGUGGAGCUGUGUGGGUUCAGUUCAAUGAUGGGUCCCAGUUGGUUGUCCAGGCAGGAGUAUCUUCUAUCAGUUAUAUAUCACCAAAUGGUCAAACAACUAGGUAUGGAGAAAAUGAACAAUUACCAGAUUACAUCAAACAGAAAUUACAGUGUCUUUCUUCCAUCCUUUUGAUGUUUUCUAAUCCAGCUCCUAGUUUUGAAUAAUUACGGCUCCUUAUAGGUACAUAAGUCUAAUAAAUAACUUUGUUGGCUUUCAAGUAAAGUGACUUUUUUUUAUUUGAUAUAACUUCCUCAGAAAGCCUUUCUACAAAAGACCAUUUUAUAUCGUAAUAGAUGUAUUCUAAUGAGAGAACAAAGCAGAAUGAAACUUCUAAAAUGUACUGGCCAUAGAUAAAAUAGUACACUAAACUUUGCUCUUAGAACAUAUACCCCUAAACUUUGUAUUCAUAUAUUUGUAUUGAACAGUCCUUUAAAAGCAAAAAUAUAAAUGGUGUGUGGUGUAUUUAUGCUUUUUUUUAUUGUUUUCCCUACUUCUUAGUCAUGUUGAGAAUCAUGGAAGAAACAUGCUGGAGUUUUUGAGGUUUUGACCAUGUAAAUAAUGUGUAUUUAUGUUGUAAGUAACAGAUGUAAACAUGUAUAUUUGUUUUAUAUUUAUUUUUGUAGCACCAGUUUCUAAUGAAAUAUUUCUGAAAAUGCAUUUUAUAAAAAAAUAAAUACAGAGAUAAGUUGCUUUAUCUUUUGAUUUAUUUAAUUAAAUACUCAUUUUAAAAUAA